GGAAAUUGUAGAAUGGAAGAUAUUUUAAUUUUAUUUUUCUAAUAUCUAAUGGUCAUAGAGUAAUGUUCGGUGCAGAUUAUGCUGCAUACAUUGCGAGAGUUGACAAUGAGAGUCCAGCCGAUGAUGACUCGUUUCUUCCCGGGUAUCUGCUGCCAACAUUCCAGCCCACUCAUCCAUGGGAAGCGGGUGGCAAACAAGGACUUGCGGAGGAUUUUAUCAUGGUCGCUGAGUUCUGUGAGAUAGAGGGACCAAAACCAAUGAUGUGCAUUCCCAAAGACGGAGGUUCAUGUUUCAACCAGAAUGACUUUGUUGUCAAAAUAAUGGCUGUAGACCAUCAGGCCAGUACAGAUGGAUUUUCAGUCACGGAAGAUACUCAGGUUGUCAUUUCAGAUAUUCAAGAUGGAGUGUGUAGUUUUGUCCACCACUUUGUUUUGUUUGACAUUCAAGCAAGAGGCUUUGUGAGAUCUUUCUGUUUCGCUUAUAUCACCUCUGAUAAAAGGAAAAUAAUGACCUUUUAUGAACAGUUGUCCUCACAGUUUAAAAAGGCUGCCAGGUUUAUGAAGUAUGGGAACCGUCUGGUGUUCAUUCAGGAGCUCGAAAGACGUCAGAUGGACUUACAAUACACCAUAGGUCAGCUUCGAGUGAAGACUGAUGUAUCGGACUCCAGCGAUAGUCCAGUUGGUGCGUCCGAUGUGACAUCGUCUGAAGAGGAGGUGUAUCAGGAGCUGCUGAAGAUUAGACAGGUUAUGGAUGAGAUACAGCAGAUACUCAGUCGAUUGAAACCGCUAAUGGACGACCCAAGGAUGGAGUCUUACCUGCAGAGACUGGAAGACAAGGCGAGUCUUCACUCAACCCUCCAACACAACAUGCCAAACCAAGAAACUGGCAGCCUCUCGGAACGACUUAUAGAUAGUCAGACUGAAGCACAAAUCAGAUGUUGUUCCUUGUCCCAUUCUGGAGAAACCUUGUUUUCCAUGUUCCACCAAACAAGACCUUACACGCCCAAACUUGUGGAAUUAACUAGAAAUAUGAAGUUUGAUAGUGCACUGAGAAGUAUCCAUGAGCUCUGUUGCUGGGGUGCCAAGGAGGGAAUUAAAAAACUACGACAGAUCCAUGAGUAUUAUAACAGAGAAACACUGAUAAUUCAGAUUGAUCAAGCAGAACUGACCCUUCUUGAACCUGUUGGAUCAUUGGUGACAUGUGGACAGUGUAUUACCUCCAACUUUCUCUCUGGUGUUUGCCUUGGUCAUCAGGAACUAAGCAGCCUUAGUUUAGGACCAAUUGGUGCUAUAGACAUAAACCUAAGUCGACUUUCAUUGCCAUUGAGUGACAGGAUGUCGCUGGACAGUUUUAAGUCUAUCAGCACAUUUGAAUCAUUUGAAGAUGAUGGAGACAUGUACUCUGUCGAACAGAUGUCAACAUCGUCAGUUGUUUCAGACUGUUGUUCACCUAAGGUUGCUGCGUAUGACCAUGUGACGAAACCAACACCAGUGAUGAGUCGACUGAACAGCCAAGUGAGUUGUGAGAGUGACACGACCAGCAGUGUUUAUCAGACUGACGAAGCGGCAAGCUUGUCUGAAACACUUAAGACAAAUAACAAGAGCAGCAACAAUGAACAAGGGAAUGUUGACCCACUCGGGAAUGUUGACCAGCAAGGGAAUGUUGACCAGCAAGGGAAUGUUGACCAGCAAGGGAAUGUUGACUCACACAGGAAUAUUGACCCAUACAGGAAUGUUGACCAGCAAGGGAAUGUUGUCCAGCAGGGGAAUGUUGACCAGCACGGGAAUGUUGUCCAGCAGGGGAAUGUUGACCAGCAUGGGAAUGUUGUCCAGCAGGGGAAUGUUGUCCAGCAGGGGAAUGUUGACCAGCAGGGGAAUGUUGUCCAGCAGGGGAAUGUUGACCAGCAAGGGAAUGUUGUCCAGCAGGGGAAUGUUGACCAGCACGGGAAUGUUGUCCAGCAGGGGAAUGUUGUUCAGCAAGGGAAUGUUGUCCAGCAAGGGAAUGUUGACCCAAACGGGAAUGUUGACCAGCAAGGGAAUAUUGAUCAGAAAGAGAAUGUUGACCAGCAAGGGCAUGGUGACCAGCAAGGGAGUGCUGACAAACAGUGGAAUGUUGACAAACAAUGGAAUGUUGACCCACAAAGACAUGUUGACAAACAAGGUGAUAUUAACAUUCAAGAGUAUCCUGACACAUCAGUCAUGCCUUCAAAAGGUUAUCAGAUAUCAGAACUUGCCAGUCAAAAUGCUCAGAGUGAGAUUUCUGUUUCCAUGGAGAAUGGAGAACAUUCCACGAGUUAUCCCACUCGUACUUCUUUACUUUCUUCUUCAAUAAAGGCUGCAGAAUUAGCGAGUCAUUCUGCCAAGUCGGAUGCAUCCGCAACAUCAAGUCUACCGGCUCCCGAAUUGAAAAACCAGGUUUCAAAAUCGGCAAAUCAGUCUGCAGAAUUAGCGACAUCAAAUGUACAAGAAUCAAAUGAGACAGAAAGGAAAAUUUCUAACGAUUCGCCAGUUGUGUCUUCAAAUGAUGGGAUUGCAAUUUGUCAGCAUAGCAAUUUGAACCACGCAAAUUUUAGUCCCUGCUCCUGCUGUUCUGCUUCUCCGCCAUAUUUGAUGAGUCCACCUUACUGUGCCGAAAUGAGGAGAGUUGCCAACUUUCCUUCAAACAGAUUCAAGUCUGAACCAUCGCAGCCACCGGUGGUGGAAGAAGCAGAAAAAAUAAAUCAAAAUCAAGAAAAUGUUCUUCAUAGUAGUGAAGAGAGCACAACUUGCACAUCAUCAUGUUCAUCAACAAUGCCACCAUCCAAAAAAACCAAAAAUGAGGUCUUCAGUUUGGGAGAUUCUGUAAACAGUCUUCAGCCUGGGAUGCCAGGUUAUGACAUUCUGAGUGUGGUUAACACCUACCACAACCUGGAGCACAUUCUGUACAGUCUACUCACCGGACGAACUGUAUUUGUGGUGGGGUCCUCAAGUACGGAAAAUGACGUCAUUUAUGUGGUCAGAGCUCUGUCCAUCUUCCUGCCUGAUCACAGAAGAAAACACUCCUCUGUGGUUGAAUGGUUGUCAAAACAACUGAGAAUAACGGAUCUCGGUAGAAUCAAGCUUGCUGGGGUGUGUCGUCCAGAGAAGAAAUCCUUGGAUACAAUAAUUCCAAGUGUAAUCAAAAAAUAUGUUUCUGUGCUCGAUAUUGAAAGGAAGACAGUAACUGGUCCAGUAUACCAGGGUAGUCUACUUAAUGCUAUCUUAAGUAAAAGAAAAGCAUUUUCAAUUAAUUCAGAAUUUAUUGCAUUCAUACAUUGUUGGUUGAUGGAGAUAUCAUCAAAAGCGUUUAUAUUUUAUCAUUCCUUCUGUCUGGGGUCUGCAGGAAGGAUAAUACAUGACUACAGGCUGCAUAAUCAAGGGGAACAUUACCGAAACACUGUGAAAAGCUUCAUGGUAAAGCUGUCCAUUCUAGAUUCAGAUGUGCACAUUAUCGAAUACCUGUGUGAAAUUGUUAAGAUGUCAGAGAUUGAACAAUCUGGGAAGCUAAUUAAUGCAGACACAGGAGUUGUCAGACCCAUUUCAUUGAGUCACGAAACUUGUCAAAUAUUCAAGGGCUAGUCCUUUCAGUAGAAACAUCUGCUCAAGGAAACAAAAAGACAAACUAGACCUUUGAAUGGAUUUAUCAUUACCUGUGGGGAAAACCAGAAAAUCAUCCAUGUGCUUUUGUUUAUGUAUUAACUCUACAUAGAGAAUAUUGUUUAAUGAUGAAGGACAUUUGCUUUCGAUAUAUUAUGACAUUAAAAUGCUACUGUUUUUAUCCUACAAAUAUAAAAAGAGUAUGGUCUGAUAUUCUUAACUUUUGAUACACAGAUAUUUUCUAUGAUCAGUCUAAACAAGCAAGUCUGCUGAAGUUUGAUGUAAUAUUUUUCUGCAAUGUAUUUUUUUUCAAAGGGUAGUACCGGUACGUAUUGAACAGGGGUGGGAAUUCUCCUCGGAUCAGCUGUUUUCCUCUCAUGGAACAUUGCGUUUCCUCACAUUUUAAUCAUCCUUUCCUCCAAAAUGUGUCAGAUGGCACAGAUUUUAAGCUAGGAUUUCAAGAAUUUCCGGGACCCCUCUAGAUUUCCUCUUUUUUACAGUUCACCAAUUCCCACCCUUUGAACUUUGUCCUGUGAAGACAAUAAUGGGGAACUGUGAGGCUUGUUUAGCAGAAUUUCAUAGUGGUCCAUGCAGGCUAAUCUUCACAUUCAUUCCCACAGUGCAUGCAGGAUAACAUUUGCUCAUCAGUGAAAAUCGUAUUAUAAAUGUUUUGUAAUAUAACAUCCAUGAAAAUGGAUAACUAGAGACUACCCAAUAUGGCCAUAGGAAGCGGGGGGGGGGGGGGGGGGGGG